AUGUCGUCUCGUGUAGCAAACAAUCAAAUAUCGCCGUUCUUCACUACAAUGGAGCUCGAUGAUUUAUCACGCGCCUCCCAAGGCGCGUCUCCCUCACUCGGCCAGCUCCUCAAGCACGUCGGCGACGUUCGCAAGGAAGCUACUGGUGAUGGCGGUGAGACUCCGACGCACCACGCCCUCGACCUCUCCGACGCCAGCAUCGAGCCUCGCUCCUUGCCGUUCGUGCUCUCGUUCACUAAUUUGACUUACAGCGUCAAGGUUCACCGGAAGUUCAGCUUAUUGGGGAUGUUCUCCAGCGAGAGAAGCAGUCUCGGAGCAGCCACGGAGUUGGAGCCGAUCGGCGGAGAGAGCCUGUUAACCAGAACGAAGACGAUGCUCAACGACAUCUCGGGAGAAGCUCGGGAAGAGGAGAAGCUAGUUAGUAUGAUACAACUCAUACUAAUUAGCUUAGGCCGCUUUGGUGUCCACUUAAAAUAUAGUUUAGGGUUUAUUUGGGAGUAG